GGAUAAAAAUUAUUACUAAACAAGAACCCAGGAUAAAAAUUAUUAAUAAACAGGAACCCAGUAGGAGUAGAGCAGAUGAAAUUAGGACACUGAGGUCAUACAGGCUCCUGCGCUAAAUAUGAAUAGACAUGGGUCAGAUCAGUGGGGUUUCCAGUUAAUGGUAUUUAUAUAUUUUCCCCAUAUUUGGGAGCUACUGUCUGCCCUAAUCAGCUUUCUAUUCCUAUUCUCAGCUCUGAAACCAUCUUCCCAGACAAUAUUUUUAGUUCACCUGCAUAUUAGCUAUUGGGCUCAAGCAAAAACUACUAAAGUCAUGAACCUCUAGGAACCUGAAAUAGACUCCUAGCUUCUUACCCCCCAAAGACCCCACGUUUCAUCUGAGGGCAGUUACUGUGUUCAAGUUCCUUCUAGGCUUGAAUUUUGUGUCUGAUUCUUUAAUAAGUUCACAUAAAUUCCUAGCUUGUCUGUCUAUGAACACCUGGGUAAUUUUUGUUUCCUUCCUCAGUUCACCAAAAUCACUUGACAAAAUACCACAGUGCAUUUACAGAAAAGAGCAUGUGCCCUUCCCAGGCCACAGACCCGAUCAGAUCUCCAGGUGGUAUGGAAAGAGGAGAGUGGAGAAAAGAUACAAGAACAUUCCACCAAAGAGCAGCGUAACUUGCAUGGGAGUAAACAAAGAGUCAUCCAGAAAUCAAGAGGAAGGGGGAGAUAGAGUGGAGAAAGGCAGAGACUCCAGCAUUCCUACCUUACCACUUGCAAAACUUUCUUCCUGCAGUAAUACAGCAGUGAAAAUAUCUGGCAAAGGAAGUCACAAUGGUAGAAAAUCUCAAGAAUGUGAAGUAUACAACAAAUUAUUCACUUAUUCUAAUCAUCUUCAAGAAGAAAGAUGUCACAGUGGAGAGAAACCGUAUUCAUGUAAAGUAUGUAGUAAAAUAUUCAGGCAAUCCGUUAAUCUUCGGCAACAUGAAAGAACUCACAGUGGAGAGAAACCCUAUGAAUGUAAACUAUGUAGUAAAAAAUUCAGUUAUUCCAGUAGUCUUCGGUCACAUGAACGAAUUCACAGAGGAGAGAAACCCUAUGUAUGUAAACAGUGUACUAAAACAUUCAGUUGUUCUAGUCAUCUUCGAACUCAUGAAAGAAUUCACAGUGGAGAGAAACCCUAUGAAUGUAAACAAUGUAGUCAAACAUUUGGGCGACCCAGUCAUCUUCGGAGACAUGAAAGAAUUCACAGUGGAGAGAAACCCUAUGAAUGUAAACAAUGUAGUAAAACAUUCAGUUGUUCCAGUACUCUUCGGUCACAUGAAAGAAUUCACAGUGGAGAGAAACCCUAUGAAUGUAAACUAUGUGGUAAAACAUUUAGACAUUCCAGUGCUCUUUGGAACCAUGCAAGAACUCACAGUGGAGAUAAACCUUAUGAAUGUAAACUAUGUAUUAAGACAUUCAGUUGUUUCAGUAGUCUUCGCACACAUGAAAGAACUCACAGUGGAGAGAAUCCCUAUGUAUGUAAACUAUGUACUAAAAAAUUCAGUUGUUCCAGUAGUCUUCGGACACAUAAACGAACUCACAGUGGAGAGAAACCCUAUGUAUGUAAACUAUGUAGUAAAACAUUCAGUUGUUCUAGUAGUCUUCGGACACAUGAAAGAACUCACAGUGGAGAGAAACCCUAUGUUUGUAAACUAUGUAGUAAAGCAUUCAGUCAUUCCUGUAGUCUUCAGAGACAUGAAAGAAUUCACAGUGGAGAGAAACCCUAUGAAUGUAAACUAUGUAGUAAAACAUUCAGUUGUUCCAGUCAUCUUCGGGCACAUGAAAGAACUCAUAGUGGAGUAAAACCCUAUGUAUGUAAACUAUGUAGUAAAACAUUCAGUUGUUUCAGUCGUCUUCGAACACAUGGAAGAACUCACAGUGGAGAGAAUCCCUAUGAAUGUAAACAAUGUAGUAAAACAUUCAGUGAUUCCAGUACUCUUCGGUCACAUGAAAGAAUUCACAGUGGAGAAAAACCCUAUGAGUGUAAACUAUGUAGUAAAACAUUUAGGCAGUCCGGUAAUCUUCGGCAACAUGAACGAACUCACAGUAGAGAGAAACCCUAUCAGUGUAAACUAUGUAGUAAAACAUUCAGUUAUUCCAGUAGUCUUCGAACACAUGAAAGAAUUCACAGUGGAGAGAAUCCCUAUGUAUGUAAACUAUGUUGUCGAACAUUUGGGCGGCCCAGUCAUCUUCAGAGACAUGAAAGAACUCAUCGUGGAGAGAAAUUAGAUGAAUGUAAGCAAUGUUGAAAACAUUGUUAUUCUGGUCCUCUUUGUAGACAUGAAAGAAUUCACAGUGAAGCAAAACCCUGUGAAAAUAAUAAAGCUUCAGAGUACCUAGUGGGGGUUGUAUUGUUAUAUGGGAUACUGGGGAAUGUUAUGCAUGUACAAACUUGUACUUACUGUUGAAU